GACUCUGGGUCCAGGGCUCCCCUCCGCAGCGGACUCCAGGCCUCACUAUCUCUUGCCCCUCUCGCCUACAACAUGACUUCCGUCUAGUGCUUUGCCAUCAAGUGCGCCUUCGCCUGGCACGCCUUUCCUGGGCCCCUAUAUGGCCGUUUCUCAAGACCUGGCUGCUUCACUGCGCCGGACUCCUCAACUCCACAUGUGCCUGGGCUGAGGGAUCACCUCCCCCUGCUGUACGUGCCUCUGGACGUGCCAGGCUGGGGCUACCUACAAGCGCCCCGUGGGGGCCAUGGAUGGCGAGACGGCGGGGGAGAAGGGGAGUCUUGUGCCCCAGCCAGGUGCGCUCGGUGCGCCCGCCUUGGGCGGUGCUCCGGCCCCAGGUGUGCGACGGGAACCCAAGAAGUACGCGGUGACUGAUGACUACCAGUUGUCCAAGCAAGUGCUGGGUCUGGGUGUGAACGGCAAGGUACUAGAGUGCUACCAUCGGCGCUCUGGGCAGAAGUGUGCCUUGAAGCUCCUGUAUGACAGCCCCAAGGCCCGGCAGGAGGUGGACCACCACUGGCAGGCCUCAGGCGGCCCCCACAUUGUGCGCAUCCUGGACGUGUACGAGAACAUGCAUCACGGCAAGCGCUGCCUCCUCAUCGUCAUGGAAUGCAUGGAGGGUGGUGAGCUGUUCAGCAGGAUUCAGGAGCGCGGUGAUCAGGCUUUCACUGAGAGAGAGGCCGCAGAGAUAAUGCGGGACAUUGGCACUGCCAUCCAGUUCUUGCACAGCCAGAACAUUGCCCACCGAGAUGUCAAGCCUGAAAACCUACUCUAUACAUCCAAGGAGAAGGAUGCUGUACUUAAACUCACUGAUUUUGGCUUUGCCAAGGAAACCACCCAAAAUGCCCUCCAGACACCCUGUUACACUCCCUAUUAUGUGGCUCCUGAGGUCCUGGGUCCAGAGAAGUAUGACAAGUCGUGCGAUAUGUGGUCCCUGGGGGUCAUCAUGUACAUCCUUUUGUGUGGAUUCCCACCCUUCUACUCCAACACGGGCCAGGCCAUCUCUCCAGGAAUGAAGAGAAGGAUUCGCUUGGGCCAGUAUGGCUUCCCUAAACCUGAAUGGGCAGACGUCUCUGAGGAUGCCAAGCAGCUAAUCCGUCUGCUCCUGAAGACAGAUCCCACCGAGAGGCUGACCAUCAUGCAGUUUAUGAACCAUCCUUGGAUCAAUCAAUCGAUGGAGGUCCCACAGACCCCACUCCAUACAGCCCGAGUGCUGGAGGAAGACAAAGACCACUGGGAUGACGUCAAGGAAGAGAUGACCAGUGCCCUGGCCACGAUGAGGGUAGACUACGACCAGGUGAAAAUCAAGGACCUGAAGACCUCUAACAACCGACUCCUCAACAAGCGGAGGAAAAAGCAGGGGGGCAGCUCCUCAGCCUCACCGGGAUGCAACAACCAGUAACUCGUGGUGCCUUGGAGGAGCCAGACUGACAGACUCUAACGUCCUGAGGCUCUGGCCAGGAGGGGCUGGAGUCAUUCUUAAAACAAAAGGAGAAUUUUGUUGUCUUAAUGUGUCACAUUGAACUUGAGGAUAAAGAGCUUGGCCCAAGAGUCCCGGCCUAAGUCUCAGGCUCUAGAAAGCUGUGGGUCCUCGGGGAUGGGAGCUCUCUGCUACAGCUGAGGCAACUUUGUACACUGGCUUGACUGAGGCCACAGCUCUGUUUUGCCUUAGGACAUAGCCUUACUUCUAGGCCACUGGGAGUUGUGGUGGAUCUACCCUUUUUCUAUAAAGGAUGUAUCCUGCUGUGUGGGCAGAUGGGUCUGGCCUUGAGGAAAGUAUUGGGCCAUUGGUUGCUAUGGUGACCAGAGGCCAUGUUGCUGUCUGAGAAUACUGAACAAAGGCGGAAGGAGGGACAGUCAAGGGUCUACCUUCUUGGGGAGGUUUGUCUCUCUCACACUGGCUGUCCUUCCCCAGGCUCACUCCUCUGUGGUCUGCCAGAGGCUACAGAGUCCUGCUUGCUUAUUUUCCUGGAUGGUCCAGCCCUGGCUUACUAUAGCAUGAGCCCAUGUAACACUCAGAGAGACACUAGGGUCCCUGGCACCAAGCAUCCUGUCAUUACCCCCUGAUCUAAAAGGUAACUUCUCAUCUCAACUGGAGAACUUCCCUGUGACAAACGCUCCCAUCUCUUCCUACUCACCAGAUCUCAGGUAGGAAAGCCUGUCUCUGCGGCUAGCACUGGCUACCCUUGGGUUUACUUUUGUGAAAGGGAGUGCUUGGCUCCCUGUGACCCAGGACCUUUUCCUGUACUCUGGAUCAGACCUGGGUGGUGAAGAGCUGCUGAGCCACGCCUUCAAGGGGUCUGGUCCUGGCUGUAGCCUGAGUGGAGCAGAGAGGGUUUUCCUUGGCGGAGCCCAGACUUAGCCAGCUCUGCCCUGUCCUGCGCAGGGUAACAUCCAGGUGCUGAGUGGUUGAUUGGUGACCUAACAAGUGCCUGGCACCCAGUCUCCUUCCUAGAUGAUCCUAGAUCCUGGCCUUUCUCACUGGCUGGGAAACCUUAGAUCUUGUCAGCCACAACAGUGCUGCUGGGUUUUAUAUUCAGAUAUUAAUAAACACAUUUUUAACGUUUU